AUGUCUGGUCGCGGUAAGGGUGGUGAAGGCUUGGGAAAGGGAGGUGCCAAGCGCCAUUGUAAAGUGCUUCAGGAUAACAUCCAGGGUAUAACCAAGUCAGCUAUUUGUCGCUUGGCUCGAAGCGGGUGUGUGAAGCGUAUUUCGGGGUUGAUCUACAAAGAGACCUGUGGAGUGCUGAAGGUGUUUGUCAAGAAUGUGAUCAGUGAUGCUGUCACUUACACUGAACUUGCCAAGCAAAAGACUGUAAUGGCUAUGGAUGUGGUUUAUGCUCUGAAGCGCCAGGGUCGUACUCUCUACGGUUUUGGUGGCUAA